AUGACGACACCACAAGCCCAACCUCCUCCGAGCGAACCAUGCCCACCACCACAACAACAACCCCCCAAUCCUGUAGCCCCUGGAAGCGGCACCAAGUUUAGAAAUCCAGACUGGGUGCACUACAGCGCCUGGGCGGGUGUGAUCCUCGGCCCCAUCGCCCUGUUCAUGCCCCCGCGGCGGGUCGGCCUCCAGUCGCUCUUCCUCGCCUCGGGCACCUCGUACGCGACCAACAUCCUGGCGUACGACUACACGGGCGAGUCCAUCUACCAGCGCUUCGUGCGGCGGUGGAGCAACAUGGUCGACGGCGGCCUGCCCGAGAAGGCGAGGCGGACACAGGAGCUGCUGCGGAUCGAGCGCGAGCGGAAGGAGGCAGCGCUCUCCGAGGCGCAGAGGAAGGCGCUGCAGGAGGAGAGGGAAAAGAAGGAGAUGGCGCAGCGCGGCCCGCUGGCGAGGCUGUGGAUGGGGAGUGAGAAGGAAAACUGGAAGGAGGAGAGGGCUAAGAAGGAGAAGGAGGCGCUGGAGGAAGGAAAGGGAUAUGGAGAUUUGAUCAUGGAACAAGUCAAGGAGGCAUUUGGCAUGGGCGAAAAGGACGACAGCGGCGAAGACAAGAAAAGUGGGAAGCCUGAGGAUGACAGGAAACCAUGAGCACAGGAGAUGCUACUGCUGCUGCCGCGUGCAGUUGUUUCAAAAGUUCAACAAUCCUGAUAUUAUACCGCAUAUGGUCGGCGUUGGGUGGAUGACACAUGAUACUGUAAUAUUAUUACACUGCGCAUCUCAAUGAAGAUUGGCAAUAUUGGCCUCAUCAUCUAUGUCCCCUCUCUCACCAUUGCGAGAGGUCGGUGUGCGCUGCGGACUGACCAUUUGUUGAAAUGGCCGGUCACUUCAUACAUUUAUGCCGACGAGGCCUUUGCUGGUCUCUGUCCAGCUUGAAAGGCGGAGACAGAAGGAUAGCGCUGCCUUAAGGCCGGCGGUGGAAUGAUGUGACCAAUAAGGCGUGGUCAUUCGGAUUCAUGAGAUGCCUGCGACGAGGACCCCCACCACACCCUCUCUGCCUUGCAGCACCGGAGAGCUUCGUGCUCUUCUUGCAGUACCUCACCUUGCCAGGAGCCAACUUCUAGCUGCUUCGCGAGAUCUGGGUCUGACGUGUAUGGCCCUUGUCUUUCUCCUUGCGCUGCCCGCCCGCCAGUGCUCUCCCUCUCUUAUGAUGGGUACGAGCAACCUGCUUGGUUCGACGAUCUUUCUUCUUUGAGUCUCUUAACUCCGUCUUCUCGUCAAAAUUCUUGGUCCACUGAUCCAACAGCUCCUGUACUUCGGGCGCCUUCUUGUCCGAUCCCUCCGGAACACCAAGCUUCUUCUGAAUCUUGAUCUUUUCCUUCUCGAUCAGCUUGAGACGGCGGCGGACCGUGCGGUUCAUACCCGAAGGCGGCGCAGUGUAGCCAGCAAUCUUUUGCUUGAGGGGAGCACCUCCAUCUUCCAUGUCCACAUCCUCAUCGUCAGACAGCGGCUUCAGCUUGUCCGGGUGGACCGGGAUGGGGUUGACGUCAAUCAUAAAGAUAUCGCCCGCCUCAUCCGCCCCGGAGGCCGCUGUGCUCGUUAGGUCUGUGGCCUCCAGUUUCUUUGCCCGCUUCUCAGCUCUCUUUUCCCUCCUCCGCUCAGCCUUGACCUGCCUCUUGCGCCCCUGCUCAGGCUCGGUAUGAAGGUUGGAGGCCGUGAGGGAGGGGUCGAGCUCCUUUUCCAUCAAGAUCUUGAGGGCCUCCUCGCGGAGUCGUUCCUCCCGCUGUUCUUCUCUCUUCUGCUGCUUUUUGGACCUGGUCAAGUUGCCCUCUAGAUUCUCCAUUGGGGUCCUGCCCAGUGCGGAAUCUUCAAGAGCGGCGCCUCCCUCAUCAGCAGAACCC